AUGCUUCUCUACCUGUUCGGCCUUUUCCUCAUCCUUCCCUUCUCUUUAGCCGAAGACACCGACCUCGAAGAUGACCUUGAGGGCGGCUCUGAGGAAGACACCAAUGAUACCGGUGAUAACAAUGAGGAGACAGACAGUGGUUCUUCCGGCAACGACAGUGACUCAAGUGACGAAGGCGGUUGCGCUGACGCAGCGAAGUAUGACAAACUUUGCCCGUACCUGAAGGAGAAGGCCGAAGACACCGACCUCGAAGAUGACCUUGAGGGCGGCUCUGAGGAAGACACCAAUGAUACCGGUGAUAACAAUGAGGAGACAGACAGUGGUUCUUCCGGCAACGACAGUGACUCAAGUGACGAAGGCGGUUGCGCUGACGCAGCGAAGUAUGACAAACUCUGCCCGUACCUGAAGGAGAAGGGUUACUGCAGCGGGUACCUGCAAGACCACAUGAAAAAGUGGUGCAAGAAGACUUGCGGAAACUGUUGA